AACAAUUGUUGCUCAUAGACUUCAAAAACCAGCGACGAUGUUAUCAUCUCAGAUUCUUCUAAUUCUACUUUUUCCUCCAUCAUGUAAAUGAUGUGUCUAAAUUUAAGGGGUGAAGAUGAUUUAGUGGAGCUCCUAUGGAAGAGUGGCCAAGUAGUUCGAAGCAGCCAAACACAAAGGCCCUCCUCUGAUGAACCUUCUCCUCCUCCUCCUCCCAUUCUCCGUGGCAGUGGAAGCGGUGGUGGUGGAGAAGAAAAUGCUUCUCUUCCACUUCCGCAUCUCCAGCCUCAACCUCACAUGCAUCAACAGAAUCUCUUCAUUCAAGAAGAUGAAAUGGCGUCUUGGCUUUACCAUUCUUACCGCCAAGAUUAUUUCUCCUCCGAACUUUUAUAUCCACAAAGCUCUGUGUCCUUGGCACCAACACCAAGUGCCCUGUAUACUCUACCACCGGAGAGACCUACCGGUCAGAUUUUGGCCGUGACAAGGGCGGAGAAUCUUAUGAACUUCUCGUGGCUAAGGAGUCUAUAUGCCAGCGGUAGCGUGGAAGUUGGACAGUCGAUGCAGGUUGGUUCGAGCGCGACCCCGGUGGUGAGAGAAUCGAUGCAGGUUGGUUCGAGCGCGACCCCUGAAUCCUGUGUAAUACCAGCGACGGAGGGAACCGAGAGUCGGGUGUCGCGCACUUUUGUAGUUCCCGGUCCUGGUCGGAAGGGAAAGGCUGUGGCGAUCGAGACGGCCAGAACACCAUCUUCGGGGGUCUGCAAGGUCGAACCAGACCCGAUUCAGGUUCAACCAGCGACGGAGACUGAGAAGCUAAAGGAAAGAGAGGAAACCAUUGCCGGAAUCCAGAGAACUGAAGAAGCUCGUGGUUCAGCUUCUAGGAAGAGGUCACGAGCUGCAGAAAUGCAUAACCUCUCCGAAAGGAGAAGGCGAGAAAAGAUCAACGAGAGGAUGAAGACUCUGCAAGAACUCAUUCCUCGUUGCAGAAAGUCUGAUAAAGCUUCAAUGUUGGAUGAUGUUAUUGAGUACCUGAAAGGGUUACAGAGCCAAGUACAGAUGAUGUCUACAGGACAAGGUAUGAUGCCGCCAAUGAUGUAUGCAGGGAAUAUGCAACAGUUCAUGCCCCAGAUGGGCAUGGGGAUGAUGGGUAUGAAUCAGCCUCCUCCGUUCAUACCGUUCAAUAGGCCGCCUCAUAUUGCGGGUCUAGGUCCACAAUAUCCAGCUCCGCGCUACCCUUUUCCAAACAUUCAGACCUCUGACCCAUCCAUAGUUCAUUUACCAACUCCGCAGCCUAACAUGGUGUCGAACCAGCCUCAGUUUCCGGUAUACAUGAAUCCUAAUAGUCAGUUUCCUGGUCUCCACCAGAUGCAACAACUUCCUCCUCCAUUGCAGAGUCAAACAACAUCACAGAUGAGUAUAAGCCAGGCAAGUACUAGCAAGGAACUUGAGGAUCAGGACAACCAACCAACAGGUUGAUGCUGUUGAGUAAAAAAGGAUCUGUUCACCAAGAAAAGCACAAUUUUGAAGAUAGCCACAAAGUGGUUAACAUGUAUGUUUUGUCUGUUUUAAGGUUAAAAUCCCUUUUCUGUACAUGUCAGUACGUAGAAUCUAUGGGGUCAAUAUAUACAGGCUGCAAGGUGGGCCAAGAGAAGAGAAAUGUUUUGUGCAUCCUCGAAAGCAUCACAUCUAAGCUCAAAACCUUUUUUCAGAAAAACAAAAUGCAUAUCAGA